CUCAUUAGUUCUUCUUCAUUGGUGAUUUUUUUUUUCUCCUUCAAUCUUUUUGCUUUCUUCAAUAUGGGUUGUCUCAAUUUCUUGAUUUUAAGAUCUGGGCUCUAAAAUUCUCCUCAAAAUAAUCAAAGUUUAUUACUGUAAUUAAAAAAAAAAUGGCUCCAAGAUUGAAUUUUUUUGAGUGGUGGGGGAGAGAAACAGUAGUAACACAACCCAAAGGAACACCAGUGGUAGUGAAAAUGGAAGCAAACCCAAGUUUCUCCAUCGUCGAAAUCGACGGCCCAGAUGCUGCAUUCAAGCCGGUCCAGAAGAACCGGCUCAAGAACGCCAAGCAAGUGAGAUGGAUCCUUCUCCUCAAGGCCAACCGAGCCGCCGGCUCCCUGGCUCGGCUCGGAGCCGUUCUGUUCUCACUCCUCGCAACAAUAAAAAACCGGCUCAUUCUAAGACGAGGGGUGGCGGUUGCAAGUGAGAAACUCGGGAAGGGCAAAUUAAUGCUGGCAAUCAUUAAACUCCUCUUAAUUACAUCAGUUGCCACUCUGGUUUUCGAGGUGUUUGCUCACCUGAAAGGCUUGUUGUUGUUGUACGACGUCGUUCCGCAAACUUCGGAGGUACGAGGAUUGUUUCAGUUGGUGUACGUUGUGUGGUUGGGUUUUCGGGGGCAGUACGUUGCCCCCUUUGUGGAAUCUAUUUCGGUGUUCUGUGUUGCUCUGUUCGUAAUCCAGUCUUUGGAUCGCUUGAUUCUUUGCUUGGGUUGCUUGUACAUCAAGAUCAAGAAAAUCAAACCGGCGUUAUUAUAGGUGAUCCUUUGUGCACCCAUAAUACUGAAGCUGCACUGGAAUAAUUACCCCAUGGUUCUUGUCCAAAUUCCCAUGUGUAAUGAAAGGGAGGUAUAUGAACUCUCUAUAUCUGCGGUAUGUCAGCUUGAUUGGCCGAAAGAGCGUUUAUUAAUUCAAAUUCUCGACGAUUCAAACGACGAGAGCAUUCAAUGGCUUAUCCAAUCAGAGGUCGCCAAGUGGAGUAAAAAAGGAAUCAACAUAAUAUACCGACACCGUCUCAUUCGGACUGGCUAUAAAGCCGGAAACCUUAAAUCCGCAAUGAGUUGCGAUUAUGUAAAAAAAUACGAAUUCGUCGCUAUUUUCGACGCCGAUUUUCAACCAACUCCCGAUUUCCUCAAGCACACGGUCCCACAUUUCAAGGGGAAUCCAGAAUUAGGGUUGGUUCAGGCUCGGUGGGCGUUUGUGAAUAAAGACGAAAACUUGUUAACUCGACUACAAAACAUUAAUUUAUGCUUCCAUUUCGAGGUGGAGCAGCAAGUGAAUGGAACAUUCUUGAAUUUCUUCGGUUUUAAUGGCACCGCCGGUGUGUGGAGGAUCAAAGCUCUAGAAGAUUCCGGAGGCUGGCUCGAACGGACAACUGUCGAAGAUAUGGACAUUGCUGUAAGAGCGCAUCUCAACGGUUGGAAAUUCAUUUAUUUAAAUGAUGUCAAGGUUCUAUGUGAAGUUCCGGAGUCGUUCGAAGCUUAUAGGAAGCAACAACAUAGGUGGCAUUCCGGUCCCAUGCAGCUUUUUCGACUAUGCCUUCCCGAUGUAAUAAAUUCAAAGAUAUCGAUAUGGAAGAAAGUGAACUUGAUAUUCCUCUUCUUUCUACUACGAAAACUCAUCCUCCCGUUUUACUCCUUCACACUAUUCUGUAUAGUUCUUCCAUUAACAAUGUUCAUUCCGGAAAUCGAGCUACCUAUGUGGGUAAUUUGCUACAUCCCAGUUAUAAUGACAUUCCUAAGCGUACUCCCGUCGCCUAAAUCAAUUCCAUUUAUCGCCCCUUAUCUUCUAUUCGAAAACACAAUGUCCGUCACAAAAUUCAAUGCCAUGAUCUCCGGAUUAUUCCAGCUAGGCAGCUCUUACGAGUGGAUCGUGACGAAAAAGGCCGGAAGAUCGUCGGAGUCCGAUUCCGAUUCCGCCGACAGGGAAAAUGACCUUUCUGACCCUGGAUCGAAGGAACAGGACAAGGGCGAAACGGUAAUAAUCAAGAAGUCGAACAAGAUUUACAGGAAAGAGCUAGCACUUGCUUUCCUGUUGCUUACGGCUUCUGUGAGGAGCCUUUUGUCGGCGCAUGGACUACAUUUCUACUUUCUGCUGUUUCAAGGGCUCACUUUCGUACUCGUCGGACUUGAUUUGAUCGGAGAGCAAAUAAGUUGAUCGGUUACUUAUAUUUUUUUACUCGAAAGUGAAUAUUAUUUAUCGAGACAGUACGAUUUUCCUUCUUACAUAUACAGUUGCGAGAUUUAUUUAUUUAUUUUUUCCUUUCCCUCAGGUUUGGUAGAUGUUUUAGACAGGAUUUAACAUUGAACAUAGUUUGAUCUUGAAACUU